UCGGGAAAGUGAAGGAGGCCAAUACCAGGAUAAAACCACAUAAACUAGCCUGUAUGCUUUUCAUCUGUUUCCUUAACCUACCACUUAAAAGCAUUGCAUUCUGUCAGAACAGAUCUUAUGACAGAGCAUUAAUUUGCAACGUCUCCCUGCACACACACGUACACCAAAAAACAACAACCAAAAAACCGUCUCACGGCACCUGAACCAGAACAACGUGACGACAACAACGGUGCUUUGAAAAGCGCGGGUCCCGUUUGGGUUGGUCAACAGGAUCUGUUUGAGAAGAAGAAGACACCCCAUUGGCUGUUGGAAACAUCAGUCUUUGACGUUACGCUCUGGCUGAACUAACACUAAACCGGUGUCAACCCAACAACAUCGCGCGGCGGUUCCCGUUUGGUCGACUUCAAAGUGAAUAGCAGCUAAUGCCCGAUGUCAAGGCUGGAGGAAGGACGAAGCUAGAAGAACCCAAUGUUGAGUCAGCUAACAAGGUGCAGUGGAAAGGCUCUCAGUACAAAAAGGGACUCUUUCUGUGUUUAAACCAAGAGAGCCCACUUCUGUCUUUCAUCAAAUCAAGUCUUCCUAAAAUGAGAGGCCCUGAGCCUUUGCUGGAGCGUCUGCAAGGUUUAGGAGUUGAGGACCUGGAAGACCUGAGCUACCUGCAGGAGAGUGACCUCCUUUCUUUCCUGAGACCAAUUGAAGCCAGGAAACUUCUGUCACUGCUCAAAAAGUCAAGCCAACAAGAUGUCUUGGACAGUCCUCCAAGCAACCAGAGCAACCAACAGUUCAGCAGAGCCAGUACCAGUACAAGUCCAGUAACACAGUCUGACGAGAUGCACCUUUCUGGUGCCUCUUCAAGAUAAAUCCGGACAAGGGAUCAAAAGUGGAGCGGAAUGCCACCAAAAGAAAACUUGCAGUCAGUCCAAAGGUUCUCACACUGAUCACCAGAAUUGCAGACUAAGAGUGGAGGGAAUAAAAAGUGCUCACAAGUUAUGGAUACUUUGUCCAAGUUACAGACUGUUAUGGAUUAAUAUCCAGUGAGGUUUCAUGUAAGCUAUCAAAAUUGUUAUCAAUUUUGUGGAUUACUUGGCCAAGUUAUGGAUGCCUUGGAUAGAGUAUGGAUUCAUUUCCAGUGAGGUUUUAAUGUAAGUUUGUAAUCCAUGUAUGGUGACUAUUAUGACCAAGUUAUGGAUGCCUUGGAUAGAAAUGUUACUGUAAAUUGGUAACUCAACUUUUUCUUUUUCUUUUUUUUUUUACUUUUUUUUUGUUUGUUUGGAAAUUAUUGUUGUAUACUGUUACUUUACAUCUAAUAUAAAGUAAUAUACAGCCUUUUUACAUAAAAUAAUGCCAUUAAAACCAA